CUAUCUCUCUCUCUCUGAUCUCUCUCUCUCCCCGUAAAUCCACAACCCACCUUUCCCAUAAACCACCUUUUCUUCAAAAUACAAAAACCACUACCCCCACUCCCACAGUCCCACUUCACUGUUUUUUCCCGACCAGACUAGUCAUAUCCUUACAUUUGUGAUUUUUGUACACUUCUCUCUCUCUCUCUCUCUCUCUCUCUCUCAAAAAAACAAGCAUUUUUCUCUCCUCUUUGUCUUUGUACCACCGUCUUCUUGAUCGCAAUCUCUCCUCCUUGUUGUUGUUGCUUCCUCACCCCACUCUCUUUAUUUGUGAAAGAAUUCUCCUUGAUCCAUCCGGCCAGCUGUGUUUUCACAAUUCACAACUCUAAAUUAUGUCACUGGAUAUGAUGGCAUCCGAACGUGUUUGUUAUGUCCACUGCAACUUCUGCAACACCAUUUUAGCGGUUAGUGUUCCAUGCAGCAGUUUGUUCACCAUUGUGACGGUUAGAUGCGGGCAUUGUGCUAAUUUGCUGUCGGUUAACAUGGGCGCUUCGCUUCAAGCAGCUCCUCCUCAAGCUCCGCAGAAGCAGCACCAAAGCUCUGAAGACUGUGGGUCAUCUUCCAAAUGCAACAAGUUUUCUGCAUUUGAGAGUACUGUAGAGCAUGAACAGCCUAGAAUGCCUCCCAUUCGCCCCCCAGAGAAGAGACAAAGGGUUCCAUCAGCAUAUAACAGGUUUAUCAAGGAGGAAAUCCAAAGGAUUAAGGCAAGUAAUCCUGACAUCAGCCACAGGGAAGCUUUUAGUACAGCUGCAAAAAAUUGGGCACAUUUCCCUCACAUUCACUUUGGGCAAAAGGUGGAUGGCAACAAGCAAGCAAAGUUGGACCAGGCAUUUGCAGGAUCAGAGGGAAUACAAAAGUCUAAUGGAUUCUACUAAGAGAUGAAGAGGGUACCCCAUGCCCCUUUCAUAGCUUGUUUUUCUAUGCAAAAUAGUGAAAGUGUUGAGGUUGAUGAAGUCUCUUGCCCAAUCAGGAAGGCCCUCUUUAUAAACCUCCCACCCCUUGUUAAUUGUGUGUACUUGUUGUUGGCCCCUCUAACUUUUAAGAAGUGAUGCCUGCUAUUCUUGUGAUUGCAUUUAUUUUCUUGUACUACAUUUCUUUAACUAAACUUUAUUAUUAUUAUAUAUAAUAUCUCCUCCCAUAGUGUGCGAUUGAAUA